AUGAGUACCAUGAUGACCCCCGAGAUUAACUCCGUCCCCAGUUUGAGGAGACGCAGCAGCGUGCACACACGCAGCUCUCUCUCCUUGCUCAAGCAUCGUUCCGUCCAUGUGCUUCCAGAACUUAGCGAAGCCGACGAAGAAAUUAUAUUCGGCGUCACUUCUCGCCGCAACGGCGACGGAGACGACCACCGGCUCAGCCGCCGCCUCUCCGCCGCCCUCGACGAAAUCACGCUCGACGACGCCCUCUUCUUCGCCUCGUCGCCCCCGCGUCCUGCCCCGCAGCCGCCGACGCCGACGACGAUGCCCCGCGCCAGCAAGUCCACCUUCGGGCCCUCCCCGCUCGACGACGACGAGCCGCUCUGCCCACCCUCGGCCGACUCCUUCUGCCUCACCUUCGCGACCGACGGCGCCAGCUACGGUUUCCCCCGCCCGCCGCCCCCGACGACGACCACACCCAAGUCUUCUACCUCGAGCGACACCUCGAGCGACGCCUCGACGUCGCGGUCACGCUCCAAGAGCCCCGCCCCGUCCGUCGCGAGCAGCAGUAGCAGCGGGAGCAGCACCGCGCCCACGACGCCCACGCACUCCGACGAUGAGUUCCCGGCCGCGAGCCUGCUGAAGGUCCAACUCGCCAACAUCCGCCCCUUGUCCAUCCAUAAGCCCGCGACGCCCGAGCCGCGGUCUGCCUCCGGCGCCUCGGAUGACGAAACCGAUGACUGCGACAGCGACGGCGAGUGGUACGCCUCGCAGUUCACCGACAUGCUCGCCGCCCCCGUUGCCCCCGCCACACCCGCGCCAAGUGAACGCGCGCGCCCGGAGAGCUUCCUCCCUCCUCCACGCACGCGAGAUAGCCAAUGCUCGGAGCCGCCCUCGCCAUCGAGUCCUCUCCCGAGCACGCAGCUCGACCCCAUGUUCGGCUCCACCAAGGCCCGGCGGCGCUCGAGCAAGAUCCCCGCGCGUCCGCCCCCGCCUCCGCCGCUCAUGCUCCUCCCUCCCACCCCGCCGCCCGCGAUCUGCAUCACGCCGACCGACUCCUCGUACUGCUCCUCCUCGUCCUCGUACGACCACUUCGACUACCGCAGACCGCUCCCCGCGCGCGAGUCCGUCCCGACCGACGUCUUCGAGCUCGAAAUGGACGGCGACGAGCUCACCUUCCUCCUCGCCUCCGAUGCCGCCACGCCCGCGAGCCCCGCCCCCUCCGACGCCAACUCGCUCUCGACCGGCGUGUCCGCGAUGUCCAUCGUCGACUUCAUCAUGGACGACCUCCCGCUGGAUCUCACCCUCCACCUCGAGUCGUCCCUGGAGGACCUCGACAUCGACUGGACGCCGCGGCGCGCGCCGCCCCUGCCCGUCUCGCCCGCCCGCUCCACCGCCUCGACCGAGCCCGUCACGGACUGGGCCGCGAUGGGCGUCCUCCCGCAGCAAGACAAACCCGCGCCCGCCCUGCGCUCGCGCUGGUCGUCCUCGACGCUCGCCUCCGUCGCCGAGGCGCAGAGCCCGAGCUCGCCCGGCUUCCGCAUGCUCAAUUUCUACUUCGCGAAGAAGGGGUCCAAGGGCAAAUCGCCCCUCUCUGUCGCCUCCACGUCCUCCACCUCCAACUCGACCUCCGCGUCCGCUUCUGCGUCGUCGACGCCCACCAAGGGCCGCGGCCGGCGCAUCAGCAUGCACGUGCCCUCGCUCGCGUUCGGGCAUAACAAGGAGAAGGAGCGCGAGGCCGCGGCGGCCAAACUCUUCGGCGGCGGCGCCGCCAGCACCGGGGCGCAGGUCAAGCGCGCGAACAGCGCGACGAAGAAGGUCGAGUUCGACGUGGUGCACGAGCUCAGGCGCGGCGUCGUCCGCCGCGGGAGCCGCAGCUCGCAGGAGUCGGUCGCGUCGCGGGACAGCAUCCUCAGCGACGGGAGCUCGUCGAGCAAGGGUCUGCCGAGCAGGAAACCGAUCCCCGUCGAGAUCUUCAUGCGCCGAUGAACGCCGCCCCCGGCGCCCCCCUUCCUUCCUGCCUCUUCUACCAUCCAACCAUCUGCACACAUCACAGUUAUCACGUUCAUGCCCACCAACAUUCUUGCAUAACACCCAUCGCAUGCUGUAUCGACAGCCCGUCACGAUUUUGUAGCAUCUUUUUAUUCACCUCUGUUCAUCGUUCACUGUGUCCCUCUCCUUGACUUAGAUGUAUCCUUCGUUCCCCUACUCUUCUGCCACCAGUAUAAUAUGGCAAUGCC